GCGGGUCUUGUGACUUUGCUGCUUCCACCAACAUGCUGCUUUUGCUGAAGUUCGCGGUGCUGCUGCUGACUCUGGGGUUGUGCCAGGGUAACCGGCAGCCCAACAUACUAGUAGAAGAUGUAGAAGAUGUUGAGCCCGCUUUCGAGCCCUCUAGGUUCGGCUCUCUGUGGCCUCUGCCGCAGAAAGUGAAAAUCUCACAGGAUUCAUUCAAGUUGGGCUCCAGCUUCAGGAUCGUUGACGGUAAAGGUUCAUCUGCGGGUUCGAGCUGCAACAUCCUGCAGAACGCCUACAGGAGGUACUACGAGUACAUAUUUGGCGGAGCUAAAAGGCAGGGAUUGGGCAAAAACAGGAGGUCUGCCCCCUCGGAGCUGACCGAGCUGCGGGUUUACAUCACAUCAGCUGACUCUGAAUGUGACGGUUAUCCUUCGGUGAAGUCCGACGAGUCAUAUGAUCUGUCAGUGGUUCAGCCGUUUGCCGUUUUGAGGGCACCGAAGGUCUGGGGAGCCCUGCAUGGUCUGGAAACUUUCAGCCAGUUGGUGUAUGAAGAUGAAUAUGGGGCUAAAAGCAUCAAUGCAACAGCAAUCAGUGACUUCCCCAGAUUUGCACAUAGAGGCAUCUUACUGGACACCUCUCGCCAUUUUCUUCCCGUUAAAGUCAUCUUGGCUAAUCUGGAAACGAUGGCGAUGAACAAAUUCAACGUCUUUCACUGGCACAUCGUUGACGAUCCGUCCUUCCCUUACCUGAGCCGGACGUUCCCACAGCUGAGCCAGCAGGGAUCCUACCACCCGUACACCCACGUGUAUACGCCUGCUGAUGUGAAGAUGGUGAUCGAGUUUGCUCGUCUGAGAGGCAUCCGUGUCGUCCCGGAGUUUGACACUCCAGGACACACACAGUCUUGGGGCAAAGGCCAGCCAGAUCUGCUGACCCCCUGUUAUUCUGGCGCCACACCCUCCGGUACCUUCGGACCAGUGAACCCCAUCCUGAACACCACAUACGACUUCAUGGCCCAGUUCUUCAAGGAGAUCAGCAGCGUGUUCCCUGACGGCUACGUUCACCUGGGAGGUGAUGAGGUGGACUUCACAUGCUGGAAGUCUAACCCGGACAUUCAGAAGUUCAUGGAUGCGCAGGGCUUCGGAAAGGACUACAGCAAACUGGAAUCAUUCUACAUCCAAAAACUUUUGAACAUUGUCACCACGACCAAGAAGGGCUACAUAAUCUGGCAAGAGGUGUUCGACAAUGGUGUGACGCUGAAACCAGACACAAUUAUCCACGUUUGGAAAGGAAACCAGCAGCAAUACCAGAGUGAGAUGGCAAAAGUUACAUCGUCAGGGUACCACACCCUGCUGUCCACUCCCUGGUACCUGAACCGUAUCUCCUACGGCCAGGACUGGCAUGCCAUUUACAAGGCCGACCCGCAGGACUUUAAUGGAACUGAAAAGCAGAAGGCACUUGUGAUUGGUGGAGAAGCCUGCUUGUGGGGAGAGUUUGUGGAUGCUACCAACCUAACACCCAGACUCUGGCCUCGUGCCAGUGCUGUGGGCGAGCGGCUGUGGAGCUCCAAAGAUGUAACUGACCUGAACGAUGCCUUCAACAGACUGUCUGUGCACCGCUGUCGUAUGGUGGAGCGCGGGAUCCCGGCUGAGCCGUUGUUUUACAGCUACUGUCCACGGGAGUAUAAAGGUCUCUGAGAACGACUGAAAGGCUGGUCCUCAGAACAGAAAAUGGAAAAGGGAAGCAAAUCCAUAUACUAUCGGCUUCAUGCUUGUAUUUGAAAAUGAAAUCCUAAACUGCCUUUUGUAGAGAAAUCACUGUACUGAUGAACUCUGAAACACGUUCAUUUUAAAACUGCUCCAUUGAACUCUUGAUCACAUAUUGUUGGGCAUCUUGCAUUUAUGAUUGCACUCUGUUUUUUAUCAAUGUUUCUAUAGUAGAUUGUCAAUAAAAUGCUGUCACUUCA